AUGUCUGCUAGCAGUUUCUACGGCUCUGGGGGUCCCCCAGACUCCAGCUCCAACAGAGAGAACAACAGAGAGAACAACAACCAAAACUACAACCAAAACCAAAACCAAAACCAACCCCCAGCUGAGGGCGAGGAAGGCGAAAGGGGCUUUCUUGCCACUGUUGUCGGUGGUGCCGCUGGUGCCUAUGGUGGAGGUAAGAUAUCAGGCAGCCACAGCACUCUAGGUAAAAUAGGUGGUGCCAUCGCUGGAAGUUUCUUUGCCAACAAGAUCGAAGACAAAUGGGAAGAAUACUCUCAAAACAAAAACCAAAAGAAGCAAGACCAACAACAACAACACCACCAUCAAGACCAAUAUGGUGGUGGUUAUGGUGGUCCUCCCCAAGGUCCUCCAGGUGGUUAUGGUGGUCCUGGUGGCUACGGAGGUUAUGGUGGUCCUCCAGGUCCUCCAGGCUAUAGUGGUUACUCUAACCAAGGUCCUGGUCGUUGGAAUUAA